CACCCAACACAAGACACCUACCUACACCCGAGAAAUCCUGAAAACCUUCACUGUUGCCGGGCUAUCCGCGGCCUUUGCCUCCUUCCCAGCUAGUUCGGUUCUCAUUCCGCCUUCCUGUUGCGAAUCCUCUCCGCGGGAAACUACACUUCGGGCAUAAUAAUAUGAUCUUCGCUCUGCUUGCGCUCUCUGAUCCUUAACUUCACUAUCUCAUUAACUAGUAGGACAGACAGAAAUCCGCACAGCACGUAGAACCCUCUACAAAUACUAAACCCCGAUCGCGACCCUUCACAGCGACCUUUCGUUGGCAUAUUCACUCUCUUGGUCCUCCGGAACACACCAUAGUAGCAGCGGACACUAGCAGCUGGACACCUGCCACCGCGUAGUCGCAAUGGCGAAGAAGAAGCUUGGUUACAUGAACCCAUAUGUCUACGAUGCAUUCCUGUGGGUAUUCUCGAUACUGGUGGACCUGUUCUUCCGCGAGGUACAUCCACGAAGCUCGUGGAAGAUACCAAAGGAGGGACCGGUGCUGUUUGUGUGCGCGCCGCAUGCGAAUCAGUUCGUCGACCCUCUAAUCCUCAUGCGCGUCGUUCAAAAGGAAGCCGCCCGCCGCAUUCACUUUCUCAUCGCCGCGAAAUCUAUGGACAGGAAGUUUAUUGGCAAAAUGGCGAGCUUGGCUGGUUCGCUCCCCGUGGGCCGGGCGCUGGAUUCUACAAAGGCGGUCAAGGGGAAGAUAUAUCUCCCGGACCCGGUCAAUGAUCCCACGCUGAUCCGGGGCGUGGGGACGGACUUUGAGAGUAAAGAGGUGCAGGUUGGAGGGCUGAUUGUGCUGCCUUCGGUGAAUAAUCUGGCGGCGAGCUCGGAGAUUGCGGAGAUCAAUGGGCCGGAGGAGAUUAGGUUGAAGAGGCCGUUCAAAGGAGGCACGCCAUUCAAGCAAUUGACGGGGAGGGAGGAUAUCACUGAAGAUGGGAAGUUUGAGGCUGGGGAACAGGCGAAGAAUGGACCCGCGCAGGGGUUCGAAGGUAUCAAUUUCAAGGUCGCGCCGAAAGUGAACCAGACGGAGGUUUACGAUGCGGUGUUUGAUACUCUGACGCAUGGCGGAUGUAUUGGGAUUUUCCCCGAGGGAGGUAGUCAUGACAGACCAGAGCUUCUGCCACUGAAAGCUGGUGUCGCAAUUAUGGCUUUAGGCGCGCUUGCCAAUGUCCCAGAGUGUGGUCUAAAGAUCAUCCCAGUAGGGAUGAAUUACUUCCAUGCCCACAAGUUCCGCUCUCGGGCCGUGAUCGAAUUCGGAACUCCGGUCGAAGUUCCUCCUGAACUCGUACAGAAGUACAAAUCAGGGGAGAGACGCGAUGCUAUUGGAGCGAUGCUGGAUAUCAUCACCGAUUCCCUUGUCGCCGUCACUGUUACGAGUCCAGAUUACGAAACCCUCAUGCUUAUGCAAGCUGUCCGCCGACUCUACCAGCCAAAGGGCAAGAAGCUUCCUCUUCCAUUGGUUGUUGAGCUCAAUCGACGACUGGUCAAAGGCUACACGAGAUACAAGGACGAUCCUCGAAUCAUCAGCUUAAAGAAAUCCGUGUUGGCGUACAACCAGCGACUAAUGAUGCUCAACAUUCGCGACCACCAGGUGGACUAUGCCAAAUAUUCCGUCUUCAAGUCGAUCUUUACCCUCAUCUACAGGCUGGGCAAAUUAGCCGCCCUAUCCAUAGUUGUCAUCCCCGGCACCAUUCUUUUUGCUCCUGUCUUCGUAACGGGCAAGAUCUUUUCGAUCAAGAAAUCGAGAGAAGCGCUCGCGGCCUCAACCGUCAAGAUCCAAGCCCGAGACGUCAUGGCCACCUGGAAACUUCUUACCGCCAUUGUCGUUGCGCCCCUUACAUACUUCUUCUGGAUCUUCCUCUUCACCUACACCCGCGGCUUUGGCUACGUCCCAGACUGGCUCCCUUCUAAGUUGUUUGUCGCAGCGCAAAUCGUCGCAUUCCCAACUAUCACCUACGGCUCCCUCCGCUUCGGCGAGAUUGGCAUGGAUAUCGUCAAAUCCCUGCCCCCGCUCAUCUACCUCCUCGUUCCGUCUAGCAGCAAUACGCUCACUAAACUCCGCAAACGUCGCGCGGAUUUGGUCGAGCAGGUCAACGAUAUAAUCAACACCCUUGGCCCGGAGAUGUUCCCAGACUUCCAUUCCAAACGCAUCAUCACCGAUGCGUUUGGUAACGACAUUUCCGCGCCAUCAACUCCGCUAGAGAGCAGACAGAGCGACGGUUCCUUCUCCCUUGUCGACUCUAACCCCACCUCUCCUACCAGUGAUGGCGAAUCAGCCGCCAGCAUCGGUGGUGGGUCGUCCGCUGCGGGCAACUUACCGCGGAAUGAAUCUUUCAAGGAUCUCGGCCAUAUGGAGUUCUAUUCAACCCGCCCCGCUACACCAACGAAGCCGCGCAGUCGCCAGAACUCGCUCGGUGGUGGGUUGGGAAGCGGAUUCGGGCUUACACCUAUGAGUCCGAAGGACGGAGGUGCAGGGAAAGAUGGUAUGGCGAUGGUUAGCGAGAAGUUGAGGAGUGGGCUUAGGGAGAGGGGGCUCAGGAGACGGAGUAGUGGGGCGGAUGGGUGGGAGAUGGGCAGUGGGACGACGACGCCGGGAAGUGAGGGCGGGAGGAAGGAUGUUUAAGUUGGAAAGGGACGAGAUGGGGGGGUCUAGUUGAUACACUUGGGCAUUGGGCCUUGGAGCGUGGUGUUUGCUUUGGCUUGGUCUAGCCUUACUUUGGUUUGGGUAGAUGGGCGUUUGGGGGGUUUGUAUAGUAUUGUUUUAGUAGGGGAUACCAUGGGUUGGAAAUCAGAAUGGGAUUUGGUGCGCAUAGCUACAACUCCCUGGGUCACCGGUCAAAACGAGGCUGAAAUCGAUUUGAUGUGGUUUCUGCCCCCCAAUAGGCAUCUCAGCCUUCGAAAGCUCGUGGUGGGGAUCUGUACCUCCUGGUGCGCAGUUCACCG